UGAAAGACGCAGGAUGAGAGGCUUUGCUUUGGUGAUACUUGCAUCAGUGUUUUACUGCCAUGUUUGUGAGGAGAUGCCAAUCUACAACAAGACGCAGGUUGCAUGUCAGCAGUUGAGGGCGUCCGCCUGUUCUCGUGCAAUCGGGUGGGAUCUCCGCUGUGCCCCAGAGGAGCUCAAAGUGCCCGCAAGAUCGAAAGCCACGAGACCACGAUCUUUGAAGGAUGCACGUUUAGCUGUGCGGGGGUCUGAGGGAAGGUCGCUGGUCAAGAUUGACAACAAACGAAAGACGGAUGCUAUCAAGAAGAAACUUAGGUUACGAUCAGCCAAGAGACUUGGGUAUCGAUCUUUCAAGGCUGGGAAGUUCAAGAUGAACGUCAAGAAACACGAGACCCAACUGUCCUGGGAUGCAGCUUUAGCUGUGUGUAAGACUGAGGGAGGGUCCCUGGUCAAGAUUGACACAAAACAAAAGGAGGAUGCUAUCAAGAAGAAUAUUAAGAUAAAAAGCAGUUGGACACGACCAGCUUAUCUCUGGUUGGGCCUUAGAUAUUUCAAGGAAACGAAAAGUUUUGCGUGGACAGACGAGACCCCCCUAGGAUACACUGACUGGGGCAGGGAUGAGCCAAGCCAUACCUACAGGGAACUGAGCGGCCGGGUAGUCAGAGAGGACUGUGUGGCACUGUCGGGUAGCGUGUUCCUCGGCAACUACUGGAACGACCGUACAUGCAGCAAAGUAAACGGCUUCAUAUGUGAAAUUUAUUGAAAUGUACCAUGCAGAGCUUGUCACGUGACGGGUUCUGGCUUUCUUAAAGGCGGGGUUCGCAUUUUAAAUGUUUACAUUUAUUGUGUGUGUUUGUGUUUGUGUGUGCAUGUGAGUUUGCAGUUGACGAU